ACAAACGAGACACCUAGCAGUCAAAAAUCGAAACAAGAUUGGCUUGUUUCAGAGUUUCCUAAGAAAAACCAGGACAAAAACAAAGUUUUGCAAUUUAUGGAAAAUACGUACACAUCUCAGCGUCUUUUAAUCAACCAAACUGAUCCAAACCCUGUGCCAGUACAAGAAGUUCAAAUCCAGUGGCCUUUCUUAUUUGAGAAAGAUUGCAUGUUCCAGCAUUUUGAACUUCUUAUGGGAUUUAAGAUCCAGAAAGUCAUGAUAGAAAGUAUUGGAGACAAAGCGGAUACCAUAUUCAAGUUCAUGAAAGAGUGUGUUGUUCCUUCAAAGAAAAACCUGAAGCAAUUGCUUAUUCGUAUAGAAGCUGCUAUGUCUGCAGAGAAAAUGCAAGUACCCCAGAUUGAUGGUGUAUUUCUAAUGCUUUUGGCGUACUUUGAAGAACCUCAAGAGCUUAUGAUUAAGUCAUUUGAUGUAACUGCCACUGUUACAGAAGUUGUGAAAAACUGUCCUACAACACCAUACAUAUCUGUAUUUGGCGAUGAGUUGCUGGGGGAAAGGUGCUGUUUGGUGGUGGAUGGUAUUGUGGUAAACGACUCUCUCACAAGCAUAGCUGAAGGAAUGAUGAUGUUGUUUGCCUCAUACUAUGUGUUAAAUAUAGCAUAUCCCGACGAGUUAGCAGCUACUUUGGAAUUCAUUCAAAGAUGUUUUCUCAAUUUAAACCCAGAAAAAGGGAACAAAAGAUCCAAAAAGAAAGGGAAACAACAUUCCAUUAACCCUAAGGUUUUAACCUUAGCAAACACAUUAAAAGACUAUCAAAGCAAAUGGACUUUAUAAGGAGCUUACUGAUAGUUCAUAUAGAUGUUAAAAACCGUAUAAUUUGACGAUUUUGUCAUAUGUUACUUUGUUAUUGUUAUAAAAAAAUGCUGUUUAAGGAGACAUUUAUCAUCAAAUAUUGCGUUUCAUGCACCUAAGGUUUAUUUGUAAAUUAUGUUGCAUGGUAUUAAAUGCCAUAUUUAUUUUAUCCUGACAUUCGAUGUUCAGUUUUAUGUUUAACUGUAAUUCCCUAUAACAGUUGUAUGAUUUUAUAUUUUUUAAUAUAAUAUGUUAAAAACUAUUGCUCUAUACUUUGAUCUUUAUACAAUAACGUGAUGAUAUUCCCGUAAAAUUACAGAUUUCCGUUAAAAUAUAGUCUCUGUAAUUUUACAGUACUUUUACUGUAAAAUUAACUUGUAAUUUACAGUAGUUCUAGUGUCCAAGCUGCCGUACUUUUUACCGUAAAAUAACUAAGAUUUUUUGUAUAUUAACAGUAUAUUGCACUGUAUAUUAAAGCUAUUUUUCUGGUUUAUAUAUUAACAUAAAGUUUCUGUAAAAUAACAGAUUUCUGUUAAAAUACAGUUUCUGUAAUUUUACAGUAAUUGCUCUGGCGUCCAAGCUGCCAGUACUUUUUACUGUAAAA